AUGUACUGUAAACUGUUGGUGUUCCUUGCUGGAUUAGCCUAUGCUUCAGCUGGUGUUUACACAGGCUAUGAGAAUUAUGGAUAUGGUGGCUACGGACUCAAUCAUGGUCUCGCGGUGGCUGCAGCACCCCGUGUUACGUUCGUUCAGCCAGCAGCUCCCGUCGCCACUAGCUAUUCGAACGCUUAUAAGGUUGCGUUGACACCUACGAGCAAAAUUGCUGCGUUAUCGCCGCCGAUAAGCAAAGUGAUCUAUAGCGUACCAUCGCCGAUCUCGAAGAUCGGUUACGUGCCCUCCAGCUACGUUGCUUACCCUCACGGUUAUGGUUCUCUCCUAUCGUACCCGGACUCUUUGGGAUACGGAUAUAGAUACAAAGACGCCUACGGGAACGGUUACGGAUAUGGAUACGGAAAUGGGUACGACAUCGGUUAUGCUAACACGCUUGGACACGGGAUCUCCUCCGUUUACGACCAUUGA